AUGGGUUAAACAUGUAAUGGAUGUUAAUGUUAACAUCAUUCUAUAGAAUCUAUUUAGGAGAUAAAUGUUAAAAAGAAACCUAAGAAAAAGGUUGAAAAGCAAGAGAAGUCAGAGAAAACUGAGAAAUCAGAUCAUCAAUAAGAAUAAAAAUAAGUAGAGAAAACUGACCAUAGUCUUAAGAAAUAAAAAAAACUUUCAUAAGGAGAUGCUGCAAUAAAAAUAUAAAGAAACUGGAAGAAGCAUAAGAACUAGAAAGAAAAAAAGUAAGAAAAAGCUGGUGUUAACAUGAAAUAGUAGUAUUUUAAGGAAGAAAUAGCAAAUGCACAACCUCCUCCAGAUCCAAAUAGAGUAAAAAAUCCACCAUACAAGUAUACAAAAAUAGAAAAUAGGUUUUAAUCAGGGGCGAUUUAUGAGGGAGAAUGGAAAGAUAAAAAAAGAGAUGGUUUUGGAAUAUAAAAAUGGCCAGAUGGUGCUAAAUAUGAAGGUUAAUGGGUUGAUAAUAAAGCAUGUGGACAUGGUAAAUUUUAUCAUGCUGAUGGAGAUAUUUUUGAAGGGGAAUGGAAGGAUGAUAAAGCUAAUGGUUGGGGUGUAUAUAAACAUUUAAAUGGAGCUAUGUAUGAAGGUGAAUGGAGAGAUGAUUUACAACAUGGUAAAGGUGUAGAAACUUGUAAAAUUAAAGUUAUUUAUGUUAGGGUAGGAUAAAUCAAAAUAUUCUGGAGAUUAUGUUGAUGGUAAAAAGCAUGGCAAAGGUAGAUAUGAUUGGGCAGAUGGAUCUCAUUAUGAUGGAGAAUGGAAAGACAAUAAGAUAAAUGGAUUUGGAACUUAUAAAUGGGCAGACGGAAGGGGAUACACAGGAGAAUGGUUAGAUAAUAAUAUGAAUGGUAAAGGGGUCUAUAAAUGGCAAGAUGGUAGGAAGUAUGAAGGUGCUUAUCUUAAUGAUAAGAAACAUGGAUUCGGUAUAUAUUACUGGGCUGAUGGUAGAAGAUAUGAAGGAGGAUGGAAAAAUGGUAAAUAACAUGGAAAUGCUAAAUAUUACCUUAAUGAUGGUACUAUUAAAGAUGGAAUUUGGGAAGAUGGAAAAAGAAUUAAAUGGCUAGAUGAUGCUUGA